AGGCUGCAGGACCUUGCGGGGGCGGCGGCCGCGAAGGAGGCGGAGAACCAGAGCGAGACCGACCUGAGCCCUUUAAUCCUGCAGAGGAACUCCAUGAGAUGGGAUGGAAAGACCUAUGAAGAGAUCCCAAUAGCUCACAUUAAAGCUACGUACAACAACACCCACAUCCAAGUGGUCAGCUUUGACAACAGGCCGUUUGCCCGGACGUCCUGUGGCACAGAGGGCUUCCAGAAUGCCAAGAAGGGAACUGCCAUCGCAGCACAGACGGCAGCCAUGGCAGCAGCAGCAAAAGCACGUGGGAAGGGUGUGUUGCAUGUCCGAGUCAUGGUGAAAGGACUGGGACCAGGACGCAAGGCUUCCAUCAAGGGUUUGACCAUGGGAGGUUUGGAGGUAAUCUCCAUCACCGACAACACCCCAAUUCCACACAACGGCUGCCGCCCACGGAAAGCCAGGCGAAUGUGAGAGGGGAGUGGAAAAGACACACAGCUUUCAACAUCAGCUCAUGCAACAGGGACUGGGUUGAAUGUUGCUCCUGUGACAAGAUUCUGGAAAGCCACUCUCCCUGG